AUAAUGUUCUGUGAGAUCAAGAAAUAAUUGGUUAAAUAAUCCACUAUUCAAAUUUUAUUAGUUAGGUCUUCAUAAGUUUUCUAAGCAAAACAAGCAUAACAGUUGUAUAAUUGACUACAAAAUGAUCGUAACAGAAAAUAUGACUGCUAAAGAGAUUAUUAAUGACUUCAAAGAAAAUUACGGAAAAGUUCGUAAAUUACUCGACGAGGACAGUAAGAAUGAUCCAGAAAAUGAGCCUUACGCUUCUAAAUAUAAGGCUAAAGCGAUCUUGCUAAAUAUGUAUGUAUCUCUUCCAACAAUAUCACAAUCCCAGUCUGAAGAUAGCAUAGAUAAAGUAAAACUGGAUGCAAUGAUGGGUACCGUGCUUUUAAAUAUCGGUAUAAUAGAUAUGGAAACCGAGGAACUAACAGCAAGUGAAAAUGUUCUUGUUGAAGCUGAAAAACUGUUAACACCAAAUGCUACUAAACCUGAAGUUGUUAGAACUCUUAUAAACGUUUAUAAUCAUCUCGGUAUUUUAUGGUCCAAUCGUGGUGAACAAGAGAAAGCCAAGGAAUACCUUGUGAAAGCUAAAGAUUUGUAUGAGAAUUUUAAAUGUACUUUGCAAAUACCUCUAGCAAUUGAGCAGAUAAUAAACAAUGCUGGUGAAACCACUGCUGAUGAUUUCUUACUGUUUGAGAAAGCACAUACAUUAACCUUAUAUUAUCUGGCACAAGUGUUUUGGGCGUUGAAACAAAAUUUAAAGGCAGCAAUUUAUUAUUAUGUAACAUUAAGAAGACAGUUACAGUAUUCUGAUUAUGAACCGAUUGAUUGGGCUUUAAAUUCUGCAACAUUAUCUCAAUAUUUUGCUGAACAAAAUGGCUUCUUUCAAUCGAGACAUUUAUUAGCUGCAUCGUCAACAAUACUUGAACAGCAUGAACAGAAUUUGCAAGCAGUUGAGAGCAAUGAAGAUGCACACUUGGCGAAGGUGGAAACGUUUAAGCAUAGAUCUGCAGACGUUGCUCGAUGUUGGGCAAAGUACUGUCUACUGCUGAUGAGUGCAUCCAAAUCUAGACUGAUGGAUGAUGCUGAGAGAUUAGAAGAUGCCAUAACAGAUAUGUCAAAUUUGAAUCUAGAAGAUACUGAAAAUAUCUGCGGAGGAGACAUAAAAAAUCUCAACUUUCCGGAAUUAGAUGUGUCCAAAUAUGAAAACAAAGUCACUGAUAAAUUCUUACUUAUGUAUCAAGAUGCUCGAGAAGUGUUCCUUAACUGUCAGUCAUGGUUUAACAAGGCAAAGGAAUAUUACAAAUUAGAUUCACUAGCAUCAGAUUAUAUUAAACUGACACAGGAUAGUUCUCAAUCAUACUCUUAUUUAGCAUUCUUUGAAGAAGACGAUGAAAGGAGAGCGAAAAUGCAUAAAAGACGAGUAGACAUGCUAGAAGAACUAGUUAAAGAAAUCAAUCCCGUAUACUAUUUACAGUAUUGUCGACAGUUGUGGUAUGAACUAGGAGAAGUGUACUCGGAAAUACUGAAUAUAAAAUUGGAUAAAGUUAACAAGACUUCUGAGAAACCAACGCCACACGCUUUGAAGAAAAUCAACAUGUUAUGUGAGAAAAGUAUUGAAAACUAUGAUCAUUUUUUAAAUUCUAUUAAAGAUAAAAAUGGGAAAUUGCCACGGAAAUUAGAAUAUGAUGUUAUAAGGCCAGUUGUUAGUGCUUACGCAUAUAUGGGAAGAAAUAGUAUGAAAAGGAUUGCCUUAGAUAAAGCUAUGCAGUUAAAUAAUGUUAAAAAGAGUUACGAGUCAUACCAAGCUGUGGUUGAUAUUUGUAAGAGUGAUGAAGAGGCGGCUUCUAUGAUGAAAGAAGAAUACAGUCUCUGUAAAGAGAUGGUACAGAUUCUCCCGAUUAAGAUUAAAAAGCUUGAAACUGAAUUGGUGUCCUAACAAUAUAUAGAAAUUUCUCAUACCUAUAUAUUCAGCAAAUAUAAAUUAAAUAAGGCAUUGUGAAUGAAAGGAUAUUCGGAAUGAAAGAGCUUAAAUUAAAAGUUGUGAGUGAGAACUAAGUAUGAAGUGGCUUAUGUGUGAUUCAAAAUUUAUAAAUAAAUAACUAAUAUUUUACUAUGAACAGCACAGAUAUCUAAUAAUUUAUA